AUACAAUACAUUGAUAUGAAAAAUUCAUUAGAUGUACAUAUUCAUAUAAGAAAUAUGCAUUUGCAUUCAUGCAACAUGAUUUAUGAGAACAUGUUUCUUGAUCAGUCUCCUCCCUGUGUCUAGUGCACAGAGAUGUUUGCUUUUCAUUGUAUGCUAACCAGUCCAGCCUCUAUGUAUUAGGUACAAUGUGUGUGCGUGUGCUUCCAUGUGUUCAUAAGGGCCCCUGAUGCUCCAAACACAAGUACCAGCUCUCACCUUGACUUGCAUCUCUUUUAAUGCCCCUCAGACCACAGCUCCAGCAGAUCCCACAGACCCCCAGCAGCCAGACGAGCCAACGCAUGAGCACUUACUGUACGUGAAGAAGACCUCAGUGGGCCGUACGCAUUCUCUGCCCAAUGACAGCUACAUGUUCCUGCCGCUGCAGCCCAACUCAACCCACAGUACCCACACAACCUCACCUCAACUCGUUCAGACUGGGUCUACAGGCUCUAUCCAGUCUCAAACAGAAGAACCCACACUGCUCUUGAGUGUGCCCACUGAUCUGUUCAGACCGAUCAGUCCUCAUAGCUUAUCAGAUUCAGAGAGCAUCCCACGAAUCCCCCCACCUCGCCGGGCACACUCUCUCUCACGAACCCUACGCAGACAGGUGGCAGUGAGUGCUGACUCUCAGGAGACUCUAUACACAGAGGGAGGGGAAAACGAGGGUCCCCUGGGGCUUAGGGAACUGUCGGACCCCCAUGUCAACCUUCCACCUCAGCAGCAGCACCAGCCUUCCCUCUUUCUGGUCCCUGCCACACCAGGCGCCUCCCCGAAACCAUUGCGACCUAGCGUCCACACACAGCACAACCCCUACGACCAGUACAACGUGUUCUCCAAGCGUUCCUGCUCUCCACCCCUCCCAUCACUGGCUGCCAGAAAGCAGGAGGAAAUGGACUCUGUGGAUCAGGAGGUAUCCCGAAUUAUCCGGGCGGGGCUCGCAGGGAGGAGUGACGAUGGGAUCGGGGAAGGGACAGGAGAUCAAGGUGCAAGACGUCAGUUUAAGAAGUACCACAGCGUGGACACUCAGGGCCAGCGAGCUCUGCUGUUACCACGGCCCUUGUCCUGGCUUGACGACCCACGUCGGCACUCCAUUGAGGUGUGCUCAUCCAUGGAAAGCAGUCCCCAGCGCAGUUCGAUCUCUUCCGGCUUCGUGUCGCGAGGCGACAGCCUCCAGCAGCAGUCCUCUCCACGCGGCCGCAAGAAAAAGAUGAGUCCGCCGUGCAUCUCUGUGGAUCCGCCCGAAGGUUCGGAGCUUCUGGGAGGCCUUCACCCUGCUCUGGGGAUGGUGCCACCCCCAUUGCCAAAUCGGGACACUUGCCUGAGGAGGCGCGCUCCCUCCAGUGACUCCAAGGACUCAUUUGAUUUGGGUGGAGGAGGAGAUGGGCUGCCACAAGAAGGCGUCCCGAACUCCAAGCUAUUGACUCUGCCUAGCUUCUCUUUUGAGAAUACAAGCUCUGAGCACUGAACACUUGACUUACACGUUCACACACACACGCGCACAUGACACACGAUGCACUCUGUGUAUCCGUGAUGGUGAUAGUAAUAGUAAUAAUAUCUUAGA